CGGCAGCCCGGCCAGGGAGCCGCCGUCGGAACCCUUGCACGCCUGCUCUCUUGUAGCUUUUCUCAGCCUAGCCCAGCAUCACUAUGGUGGACGCUUUCCUGGGCACCUGGAAGCUAGUGGACAGCAAGAAUUUCGAUGACUACAUGAAGUCAAUCGGAGUGGGUUUUGCUACCAGGCAGGUGGGCAACAUGACCAAGCCUACCACAAUCAUUGAAAAGAACGGGGACAUUCUCACCCUAAAAACACACAGCACCUUCAAGAACACAGAGAUCAACUUCAAGCUGGGGGUGGAGUUUGAUGAGACAACAGCAGAUGACAGGAAGGUCAAGUCCAUUGUGACACUGGAUGGAGGGAAACUUGUUCACCUGCAGAAAUGGGACGGGCAGGAGACGACACUUGUGCGGGAGCUAAUUGAUGGAAAACUCAUCCUGACACUCACCCACGGCACUGCAGUUUGCACUCGCACUUAUGAGAAAGAGGCAUGACCUGACUGCACUGUUGCUGACUACUACUCUGCCAAUUGGCUACCCCUCGACUCAGCACCACAUUGCCUCAUUUCUUCCUCUGCAUUUUGUACAAAUCCACGAAUUCUUCUGAGGUCAGGUGCCACUGGCCGGGAUCCAGUUCCAGUUCCCACUGUGUAUGUGUGUUUUUUGUUUUUUUUUUUUUUAACUGCACUCACAGGGUGCUCUGAGGUCAAUAAAGCAGAGCCAAGACCACCCAGUUGCCUUUUUGCCUUUGGUAACAUAACUCUGAGAGUCUUGGUUUAUCCUGUGUGUCAGACAGUGGGCAGAAAUAACUGCCUGAAGGUUACUCAGGAAGAAGCACUGGAUGGGAGACUGAAAUGGACAGUCUCGGAGCCUGUUAAUCAGCUGAUCACCUUACACAUUCAAUAAUAAAACAGCUGUACCU